ACCUCUUGUGUCUUCCUCAACAAUCCAAACCCCAAAUAGCACAAUCAUAGUCUUCACCCUCACCUUUCAUUUCUUAGUUUAUACGCUGGACAAGGUUGAAAAGGGCAAUGAAUCAUGAUAGUUGUUUGUUGAAGCGGGGAGGCCAAGUAAAGCAACCUCGGAUGUUUGCGUCUCUGUUCUCUCCUCUGUUCCAUUUUUGAGUUGAAAACAAUAUUCAGAUAUUUCUCUCGGUGAGACCCCUUUGAUUGAAUUGUGUCAUCUAAGUUUCUGUGUUAUUCACCUUUCGAGUUUCAAAGAUGCUGUGUCGCUAUAUGGAUGCAGAGUACUGUCUCUGUUUCUGAUAAGUAUGUUUUGGGUCUCUUCAAAAUAUGGUUUACUCUGUCGCUUUGGCUUAUUCCUCGGGCUUCUUUGAUUCUUACACUUCAGGAAGCCUUCCCUGUCUUUCCCUUUUUUCACCUAAAUGAUUAUCUAGGCCAAAAAAAUAAAGUUUUUAAGGUAGAGAUUCCAAAUUCCAAUCCUUGUUUUCUAGGAUACAGUUGUUUUGGGCAAUGUCCUUCAAUUUAUUAUUUUUGCAUCCACUCCUUUUCUCCUUGCUUUGGUUACCUGGAUAUUCCUAACUAGGCUAAUUUCAUAUUUCAUGGGUUGCUCUUAAUUUAUCAUCUUUUAAUUUAUAUUUACUUUUUUAGAAAAGAAACAUUUUGUUACCUGAGAAAAAUCCAUUUUGUCUUCCUUAAGUUAUCCUUCAUCAUGAAAUUUCUCACUUUCCUGGUGGGUUUGUGAUAUCUUCUCUUUUACUAGAGUCUUGAGGGUUUCUGUUUUUGUGGGUCACAAAAAAAUGAAGGAAAAAGUGGAUUCCCCGGUUACAGUCCUUGAGGACUAUUUCAGGAGCUCAGAUUCAGAAUCAAGUUCUUCCAAAGAGCCUUCGGCAGAUUCCGAGUCUCAGGAUCUUUCAAAACCUGCUUCUAGGUGGCAUUCAUUUCUGCAAUUGUUGAGGAGUGGAUCAAAGAAACAAAUGAACACAUUGCAUCCUCUCAGUGUCCUCAAGCUCUCCAAAAGAAUGAGCACCAGCAUGAGGGAGUCCAUUCUCCCCAGUUGUUUCAUAGAUGCAGCUGCUUCACCCUGCAGGUCACCUUGGAAGAUUUUUACCCACCAUGAGAUACAAGUUGCAACCAAUUCUUUUAGCCAAGAAAAUUUGAUUGGGAAGGGUGGUUAUGCUGAAGUUUACAAAGGGUGUUUGGCAAAUGGACAGCUAGUGGCAAUUAAAAGGUUAACAAGAGGAACAGCUGAUGAAAUCAUAGGGGACUUCUUAUCAGAACUUGGGGUAAUGGCACAUGUAAACCAUCCCAAUACUGCUAAACUUGUUGGCUAUGGGGUGGAUGGUGGAAUGUAUCUAGUUCUUGAAUUGUCUGAAAAAGGGAGCCUAGCUUCAGUUCUUUAUGGUUCUAAGGAAAAACUACAAUGGUGUAAUAGGCACAAAAUUGCAUUAGGAACAGCCAAGGGUAUAUUAUAUCUUCAUGAGGGUUGUCACAGAAGAAUUAUCCACAGGGAUAUAAAAGCUGCCAAUAUCUUGCUUACAGAGGACUUUGAGCCUCAGAUUUGUGAUUUCGGGCUGGCAAAAUGGCUGCCAGAAAAUUGGACUCACCACACGGUUUCAAAAUUUGAAGGAACUUUCGGUUACCUAGCACCUGAAUACUUGCUGCAUGGCAUAGUAGAUGAGAAAACGGACGUAUUUGCCUUUGGUGUAUUGCUAUUAGAAUUAGUGAGUGGGAGGCGAGCACUUGAUUAUUCACAGCAAAGUCUUGUGUUGUGGGCAAAACCAUUGCUCAAAAAGAAUGAUGUCAUGGAGCUUAUUGAUCCUUCACUAGCAGGUGACUUUGACUCUCGGCAGAUGAAUCUUAUGCUCUUGGCUGCUUCUUUAUGCAUACAUCAGUCCUCAAUUCGUCGCCCCUCUAUAAGACAGGUUGUACAGCUUCUGAAUGGCAACCUUAGCUGCUUUAAGGGCAUGAAGAAAACUCGAAUGCCCUUCUUUCGAAGAGUGUUCCGGGAAGAACUCCUUGAUUCUCAAUAGUAACAAAAUAGAAAUUGCCUCAUCAAUCUGAAAAUUUUGCACUUUGCGGAAGCCCAAAAAUAGCACUCUAAAACCUUUCAACCUGUGUAUAUAAUAGUUUUUUUUUUUUUUUUUAUGUAUAAAAAAUGAUAAUAGUCAAAUACUUAGUUACUUGCAAUGAAGAAAUAUUGUAUUACCGUGAGUCUUGACUCACAUCGCAUCAGAUUUCUUGUUCCCAUCCAAAUAGGUCUUCCUAAAUUUAUAAAGUAAUUUAAAAGUAGUUCUUUUCU